ACGACCGGGACAGUGUUGCCUAGCAGCUAGGCUGAGGACUCUGGGUAUUUCACGUUGCCUUUUUGUCAGAACAAGUCGAGGAGCCGCGGACAUUUCCCCCCUCUCCGUCUCUCUGACUGUCUCUCUGUCGCUGUCCGGACACAAACAUGCCCCACACCGUGACACUGAAGGGACCCUCACCUUGGGGUUUUCGGCUGGUGGGAGGACGGGAUUUCAGCACACCGUUAACCAUCUCCAGGGUAACACCAGGCAGCAAGGCGGCCCAGGGUGACUUGUGUCCAGGCGACACCAUCUUGGCUAUCAAUGGAGACAACACAGAGAGCAUGACACAUAUGGAGGCUCAGAACAGGAUCAAAACCUGCACCCAGCAGCUCACACUCAACAUCAGCAGGUCAGGAUCAGGAGACAGAGUCUGGUCACCAGCAGUUAGCGAAGAUGGCAAGACAAGUCCCUACAUGGAGCCUGACUCACAGAAUUUCCGUCCCAUCACCAGUGGAUAUGGCGGUUCCAGCCGCAAACCAUCUUACACCCCUGAGUCCCCGCAGGCUCUCCAGCCAUCUCCCCAGCCGACUCCCCAGCCGACUCACAUGAACAACGGCCACUCCAGACCCAACAACGGCCACAGCUAUGGAUACGGGAAUGGAACCGGGCACGCUCAGUACAACAACCCAGCGGGACUGUAUGCUCAUAAUGGCAGCAAUGGAGACAGAUCUCUGCCGAGCAAGAUGGGAGGCCUCAGCCUCACACACAGCCCUGAGCCUCCCAUGCACUCCCCUGUGGGGCGCAACGGCACCGGUAAUGGUUUCGACACACAGUCAGACGUCUACAAGAUGCUGCAGGACUAUGAGGAGCCCGUCUCCGAACCCAAACAGUCUGGCUCCUUCAAAUACCUCCAGGGAAUAUUGGAGGCUGAGGAUGGAGGCGUGUCCCCAACGGACAGAAUGAGAAACCUGAAGUCACCAGUGAGGUCCCCAAUCCCAAAACUGGGCAGCCCCAUCCCUGGUCCCAUGUCUGGUCUUCAGAAACUACCCCAGUGCACACGCUGCUGUAAUGGCAUUGUGGGCACCAUUGUGAAGGCCAGGGACAAGCUCUACCACCCUGAGUGCUUCAUGUGUGACGACUGCGGCAUCAACCUCAAACAGAGAGGCUACUUCUUCAUCGAAGACAACCUGUACUGUGAGACCCACGCCAAGGCCCGCGUCCAGCCCCCAGAGGGCUACGACGUCGUUGCCGUUUACCCCAACUCCAAGGUGGAGCUAGUCUGAGAAUGCAAAUGGAGCCGGCCAUACUGUAAUGAACCAGGGAAACUAAAAUCUGAGGGAUGGGGUUAUUUAGUAUCCUGGUCCACAUUUAUUAGAAGCUCUAGGGCAGGAAUGGUGAUCUUGGAUCAGUUUAGCCUUUUUGGAAGGGUCAUGAGAGAUUUGGGUUUCAGUGAUCCCAGGUUAGUAUUUCUACACUGACUGAUAAAUGAGGCAAGCAGGGCAUAUACAUGUUAUAUAUUUUGAGCGUAUAUUAAAAUAUGUGGACAGAAUAAGGCUCUGGUCUGAUCCCAAAACUCCAACCGCUAUAAAAGCUGGCAUCUUAUUCUAUAGCCCCACUUCUCCCCCUGAAUUCCCUCAUCUCUUAAUCAAUGUGUUUACACACACACAGAAUAUUCCAGAUUCAAGCAUAAAUGUCAGUCAAACAGCAAACAGGGAAAUGGCGUUCAUAUGCAUCUUUGUCCAUCACAAAUAAAUAUUAUCCAUCAAACAGAACAUACACAGACAACGAAAAUCAGUGAAAAGUUAACAUGGACUGUCAUGUAUCCUGUCAAUAUCAGCAUAUUCCAGCCGUCACAUUUUGAAUUUGAAACAAUCUGGUUAUAUUUUUAUAAUCAACAGAAUACUGAAUGUCUGAAAUCAUUUUGAAAUAUGAAUGUGGAUACAAACAACACUCACGAGCCUGUGUGCCUUAGAAAAAAAAAAUAAUAUAAAAACUAGGCUACAAGAGUGUUUUCUAUAGAUAG